AAUAGUCUUGAGUUAUCUCAAAAUAAAAGAUUUUAAAUGGCAGUUACAGUUUUGUGUUGAUAUUUAAGUUAAAAUGAGCGAUAUGAGGCAUUCGCAUAAUCAAAGCGACUUGAAUACGUCGUGCGCAGACGAGAUUAGGAUUGAAUUACUGAAAUUACACAAAUCUGAGUUAAUCAUUAAAAUAUUGAAACUAUCGGGUUGUCCUAUAUCCGUUGAAAACAGAGCCCUUCUCAGUAUAUAUCAAUAUGAUGGCUCACUUCCCUUCGGUUUGGAAAAUAUUCGAAAUGUUGAAACUGGAUACCACGAGAAACUAUCACUAACACGUUUUAUCGAGACAAAUAUAUUAGAUAUGGCACGUCCAAUUAUACACAACGCACUCAAAUUAACAGAUAACAAUUUGAACGCUCUUGGAGUGUCAGUUUAUAAAGAUUAUGUAAAUGUUCUUGAGCUAGAAGCAGAAAAGAGAAAAUUAACAGAAAUGUUGAUAAAACUCAAAAAUCGAAAAUUACAUUUCAUGAAUUUGUGCGCCGAAAUGCGAACGGGCCCAUACCAAAAAAAUAAUAUUGAAACAAAGAAUGCUGAGAGUAAGGCAUUACAAAUAAAAGCUGAGACUAUUCAAAGAGUUAUGAUCCACGAAGUAAUCACAAGCACGGCACACGCUGAAAAGGCUGUAAAGGAAGUGGAAACCAACAUUGAUGCUCUAUUAAGUCUGAAAUAAACAAAAUCGACAGAACAAAGUUGGUUGAAUGACCGGUUGUCGAUAAUACUCCUGCACGAAUGCUGGUUUUGUAUAAUGGAGCUUCAUACCUGCCUCCAACAUCCAAUUUUACACACGGUUUCAACCAAACUACCGGAAG